CCGCCACCUCUCCCACACGGUGACGGGAACUGGACUCACAGUCCCUGCGAGAGCCCAGCCGUGCGGCAUCGACUCCCGCGCUUCCCAUCCUCUCACCGCUCUGCCAGCGGCCGAUACGCAGCCCCAGGCUUUAGGCCAUCCACCGACAUGUUCGAGGCGGCUUCUCCUGGAGUGGUUUUAUUUCCGACAUGGCAAAGUCGAAGCAAGAGUUCGUGGGCGGUCGCGGCUAUUCUGUCUUCGCACACUCUUAUAUCUACGACGACAUGGCCACUGAGAUGGAAAUAUGCCUCGGCAGAGCUGAUGUCCAACGUUGCUCACAUGCGGCCGACCAGGUGCAGCACUUGUAGUCCGCCAUCUGACGCGACAGACUACCUCAACAUCUGUGGAAGACUCUUUCCAAACCCCAAGUACGGCUGGAGAUGUGUCGACGAUUCGUUCUUUCUCAUGAAUGAACUUGAUAUUGACUACCGUUAUUCGAAUCAGGACUGUGCUCCUUUCCAGGCCCCAGUUGACGGCGUCAGACGAGUUCUCGACUUGCAGGCCCUGUCUGGCAGUUGGGGGGAUCAAGUUGCACGUUGCUACGACGAUGCCGACAUAUGCGCAAUCAACAUCGCGCCUAAGCAGGCUGCCGAACAGCCAAAUUGCCACUUUGAUUUUGACGACUUCAAUCUUACGAAAUGGAAUAGAGAGCCGCGGGUUUUCGACUUGACCCACGGCCAGAAGCUCUUGGGCAAUAUCAGAGACCGACAAAGUCUGCUGCGCAAUACCUUCCAUUGUUUGGCUAAAGGUGGCUUUGUCGAGCUUUGGGACAGACCAUUCAUUUAUAAGGGUAAUGAUGGGGCAAUCGGUUCUUGGAACUGGGUGGCUGGACAGGCAAAAGAACUUGGCGACCGAAACGGCUGUUCCUUUGUCGUCACUCGUGAUGCCUAUAAGGCUGAUAUGAAGCUGGUUGGGUUCCUCGAUGCUUUUGAGCAUUGGGAGCUGAUGCCAGUGAAGGACUGUCUGGACAGCGUGUUGAACGACAUCGAGUGUAUGCUCCUGCGGAAAUGGCACGAUGAAGGCAUGGACCACAGCGAUAUACAGGAGCAGGUCGAGGCGUUGAGACUCCGCCUUCUGUCUGAAGCGAGCCAUGUCUCAGUUCACUGCGUCACAGUAUAGGGCCAGAAAUCAAGGGUUGGAAACAAACGUAAGCAGCGAUGCGACAGCA